AUGGGAAUUGCCCAUUUGUGGGUGGGAGGAUGGGGGAAUAGGGGGGAAACAAAGCAUACCGACCGCUAGUUUUUCAUCUUUCCGACUGCUCGUGAAGACAGCGCACCUCCAUCAGCACCCUGUUGCAACCUCAACUUUCUUUUUGUUCCUUUCAAGGAACCGGGCUAAUCACCGCCGCCAGAGACGAAAGGAGAAGAAACACUUUUUAGUCCUGUUUAUUUUUUUUAAACAUAAAACUACAAUGAAGUUGGCGCUUAUUCGCAGUGCUUACAGGAGUCUCCGGGCACAUCAGGUCCGUCCGGGUAGCAGAUUCACCGGGUUUUCGCGAAGAUGCCUACCGAUAGGCAUUACCAGCAGUCGAUUGAGCCUCCGAGCGGCAAGCGCUACCUCCAGCACCGGCACCAACCCGAAGUUAACCGGUAACUUUGGGGUACAAUCUCAGAAGGGGGAUGAGUCUGAUUACGACAACCAUGUGAGGAAAGUGGUUCAGAGCACCAGGGAAGCAAUUGUGACUCUGCAGAAAAGAAACCCAGCAAUUCAACCCUUGUUAGCCAUUCUACAGGCAGGUGAAGACAAUAGCAUGCUGGAGAUCAAUAAGAAAAUGGCAGGAAAGAUUGGUUUGAACAUCACUCAGAUUUGUCUGGCAAAGGAGUGCAGUGAAGAUGAUAUUGUAGAGGAGUUGCUGAAGUUGAAUGAUGACCCCAAAGUGCAUGGUAUCUACCUUCACCUCCCCCCAGCUUCAAUCACCAGUCGGGUCCUCAACACCUUAAAACCCGAGAAGGACAUCGAAGGCAUAUCAGACUUGAAUAUGGGCCGUCUGAUACGAGGAGACCUGAGCAAAGGCUUUGUGCCUCCUUUAGCCAGUGCUGUUUUGGAUCUGCUGGAGAACCAUGAUGCUCCUUUGGAAGGAAAAACUGUGUUGCUGGUUGGUGGUGAGGGACCCCUUCAGCUGGCCGUGCAGUGCCUGAUUGAACGAAGUGGAAUGGUCACUCUGAAGAGUCACUGGAGCUCCAAAACCCUGCAGGCACAGGUUAUGCAGGCUGAUGCUGUGGUCCUGCUAGAUGUUGGAAAUAUGUAUGUUCCACCCACCUGGAUUAGACCAGGGGCUGCUAUCAUUUACUGUAAGCCAGCUCCGGAGAAAGAUGAAAAUGCUUUUGGAUUGUCUUCAAAAUCUGGAUUAGAAAGCCUCACAGCAGCUUAUAGAACACAGAAUGUUGUCCGGAGUUGCAGUCGGUGGCUCAAGGGUCAGGAAUACCGACCCUGGCAUCUGCGCAGCCUGAAACUGCAGCCCUUAACUCCUGUACCAAGUGAUUUAGAGAUAUCCAGAGCUCAGAUACCAAAACCAGUAGAUCAGCUGGCUGAAGAGAUUGGUUUGCUACCAGAAGAGCUAGAAGCCUAUGGUAGGAGCAAAGCUAAGGUUCGACUCUCUGUGUUGGAACGCCUCCAGUCACAGCCUAAUGGCAAAUAUAUUCUGGUUGCCGGUAUAACUCCCACCCCACUGGGCGAAGGUAAAAGCACAGUGACUGUCGGUCUGGUCCAGGCGUUGUCUGCCCACCUUAAGCUCAACUCUUUUGCCUGUCUCCGUCAACCAUCCCAGGGACCAACUUUUGGAGUUAAAGGGGGAGCUGCAGGAGGUGGGUAUGCCCAGGUCAUCCCUAUGGAGGAGUUCAACCUUCAUUUGACUGGUGACAUUCAUGCCAUCACAGCUGCCAAUAACCUGGUGGCAGCAGCCAUCGAUGCCAGGAUGCUCCACGAAGCGACGCAGUCAGACAAGGCCCUUUUCAAUAGAUUAGUCCCUUCUGUGAAUGGAGUCAGAAAAUUCUCACCCAUCCAGAUCUCCAGGCUGCAACGCCUUGGCAUCAGGAAAACAGAUCCUGCAUCACUCACGCCUGAAGAAAUCAACGCGUUCGUACGUCUUGAUCUUGACCCCUCAAAAAUCACCUGGCAGAGAGUCGUUGAUACAAAUGACCGUUUUUUGAGGAAGAUCACCGUCGGACAGGCAAGCUCUGAGAAAGGACAGAUCAGAGAGACUGGGUUUGACAUUGCAGUGGCCAGUGAGAUCAUGGCCAUCCUGGCCUUGGCUGACAGCCUCGGGGACAUGAAGAACAGACUGGCACGCAUGGUGGUGGGGACCAGCCGCUCUGGACAGCCUAUCACAGCAGAGGACCUCGGUGUGAGUGGAGCUCUGGCGGUGUUAAUGAAAGAUGCUAUCAAGCCCACGCUGAUGCAGACCCUUGAGGGUACGCCGGUGUUUGUCCACGCUGGGCCCUUCGCCAACAUCGCCCAUGGCAACUCCUCGGUGCUGGCAGACAAGCUGGCUUUGAAGUUGGUCGGACAGGACGGCUUUGUGGUGACCGAGGCAGGUUUCGGAGCUGACAUUGGGAUGGAGAAAUUCUUCAACAUCAAAUGUCGAGCCUCAGGUUUGAGGCCCAGUGUGGUGGUGCUGGUCGCAACCGUUCGAGCGCUAAAGAUGCACGGCGGCGGCCCAAAUGUAUCUGCAGGUGCACCUCUUCCCCGAGAGUAUACCGAUGAGAAUCUGCGCCUGGUUGCUGGCGGCUGCCAUAGCAAUCUCAGGAAGCAGAUCCAGAUUGCACAUCUGUUUGGGGUACCAGUCGUGGUUGCUGUUAAUGUCUUUAAGACAGACACCCAGGCAGAGAUCGACCUUGUAUGUCAGAUAGCGAAAGAGUGUGGCGCAUCCGACGCUUUGCCGUGCAACCACUGGGCGCAGGGUGGAAGAGGCUGCUCGGAGCUCGCGCAGGCUGUGAAGGAGGCCACCAGCAAACCCAGCGACUUCCAGUUCCUCUACAACACAGAGAUGCCGAUCGUGGAGAAGAUCAGAACAAUAGCCCAGAGAGUGUACGGGGCCGAUGACAUCGAGCUGUCUCCAGAGGCCAAGACCAAGACAGAUUAUUACCAUCAACAAGGUUAUGGUUCAUUGCCCAUCUGCAUGGCCAAGACCCAUCUGUCUCUGUCCCACAUGCCCGACAAGAAGGGGGCACCCACUGGAUUUGUUUUGCCAAUCAGAGAUGUCCGUGCCAGCAUCGGAGCUGGCUUCAUCUACCCAUUAGUGGGAACGGUACGUGGUCUGCAGCAGGUUAACGUUGACGUCUUGGUCCAUGCCUCAUAG